AUGGCACGCGUUUGCUUGCCGGAGCCCGGCGUCUGCGAGCUAUACCUGCCGAAUAAGAGACGCUACUGUCGCUUCUCCGUCGUCGCAGGCUACCGCUACUGCACCCACCACCUCGCCGCACGCAGCGACGGCACCGCCGACCGGAUCCCGUGUCCUCUCGAUCCGGCGCACUCCAUCUUCGCUCGCGACCUGAGGAGGCAUCUGAAGGUGUGUCCGAAGGCCAAGGAAGCGGCGGCCGAAGCUUCGCUGCCCUGCUUCCGCCGCGAUGUGAACGCCGGCGAGCAGCUGACGGCGCCGGGCGCUCCUCUGCCGGCCACCGCGCCAGCGCCAACACCCAUCGCGGGCCUGCCUCUGCACGCUUCGCUCGCAGUGGCGAGUCGCGCCGAGCCGCCUCUCGGCCGCGUGUCUGCCGAGCGGGAGAAGCACGGCCUGCAGCACGAGGCGAUGCUCGAGGUGCUCCGAGCCCUCCCUCCAGGCUCGAUGCUCGGAAGCGGCUUUGUGUAUGUCGAGCUCGGCGCCGGCAAAGGCGGCCUCUCGGCAGCCAUUGGCCAAGCCGCGCCAGGCGCCGCUUUUGUGCUGCUCGACUGGGCAAAGCCCGUGGCGGCACACGACGCGGUGCUGCGGGAACGCCACUCGACCAUCCGCUACAAGAUCGACCUACGCCACCUCUGGCUGCGGGGAGGCAGCGGCGGCCGCCGCCGUGUCGCGGUGGCGAAACACCUAUGCGGCGCCGCCACCGACUUCGCCCUCCGCGCCGUCGCCGAUGCCGAGAACGGAGACGGGCCGGCCAUGAGCGGCGUGAUGAUUGCGACGUGCUGCCACCACCGCUGCAGCUGGGGCGCGGCGGCGUGUCGCGGCCCGGCCUCUCCCGCAAGAACGCCGCCUGACUCAGAGGUCGAGACUGAUCCCGUGGUAGGCGCGUACGUCGCGAGAGAGUUCCUCCGCGAGGCCGGCGUCGACGAGGACUCGUUUCGGCUCCUCACCGCCAUCUCGAGCUGGGCCACGUCGACCGCGGACCCGGCGGUGUUGCGGCUGGGGGAGGCGCUCGGCGAGGUGAUUGACGGGGCGACUCGCGCCGAGUGGGGCCGUCGCUGCAAGCGGCUCCUCGACCUCGGCCGUUCGCGCUACCUCGCCGCGCGGGGCUACGCAGUCCGGCUGCAGACGUAUGUGCCGCAGACGACAGUAUGUGUAGAGCUAAACAUCAGUCUCGCGCAAAAUAUGACAACCGUGAUUGCGUGA